UUUCGUAGGCGGUCACAUGAGGAUGAUGAUGAUGAUAAUGUGCUGUGGUGUCUUUUUUGCCUACUUUACAAAGAUGAUGAUGAUUUUGCUAAUUUGCUAAGUAUUUGGCGCAUCUCCAGGCUGCCUGAGGUUAGGGAAAAUAUGAGAUAAUGAGACCAACGCUGCUAGAACCUAAAGUCACCACGUCUAGUAGCGUCUCGUCAGCCGUCGGCAUCUGGACCUUGUGAGAUCUAGGAAGACGCAGGAGGUUCAUUAUCUCAAAGUAGAAACCAUGGAAAGUCAUAUUCCCAUAAACAAGGAUGAAAUGGAGGAGAAAAAGCCGGAGGAGAGUCCAGAUCGUUGUUCCCAUGGGGUUGGAAUAUUCUGCACUGCUCUCCAUUACAUCUCAGGAGAAAUGAAGGAAUUUGGAGCCUGGUUGAGAGAUAAACCAGUCCCGUUCCAGUUCAUUGACUGGGUUUUACGAGGCACAUCACAGGUGAUGUUUGUCAACAAUCCUCUCAGUGGACUCAUCAUAAUUGCUGGACUUUUUCUUCAAAACCCCUGGUGGGCCAUUGCCGGAUGUCUGGGAACUGUAGUGUCAACGCUGACAGCACUUAUUCUAAGCCAAGACAGAUCUGCUAUAGCUGCAGGGCUGCACGGGUACAAUGGAAUCUUGGUUGGCUUGCUGAUGGCUGUGUUUUCAGAUAAAGGGGAUUGGUAUUGGUGGCUUCUUAUCCCCGUGACUGUCAUGUCAAUGACUUGCCCUAUUUUGUCGAGUGCUUUGGCUUCUAUAUUUAGCAAAUGGGACCUGCCAGUCUUCACACUGCCAUUCAACAUUGCAGUAUGCCUGCACAUAGCCGCCACCGGUCACUACAAUAUAUUCUUUCCCACUGCUGAUAUUAAACCAAUAGAUGCUGUUCCAAACAUCACCUGGUCUGAUGUCCACAUACCUUCGCUGUUGAAAGCCAUACCAGUCGGUGUUGGUCAGGUGUAUGGAUGCGAUAAUCCUUGGACAGGAGGGAUCUUCUUGGUAUCUCUGUUUCUUUCCUCCCCAAUAAUCUGCAUGCAUGCAGCAAUUGGAUCAGCUUUUGGAAUGAUAGCAGGGUUGAGUCUAGCAACACCAUUUGAGAAGAUUUAUUUUGGACUCUGGGGCUAUAACUCCGUUUUGGCUUGCAUUGCAGUGGGUGGAAUGUUCUAUGCUCUCACCUGGCAAACUCACUUGCUCGCUAUAGCAUGUGCUCUCUUUUGUGCCUACCUAGGAGCUGCUCUGGGCAACAUGAUGUCUGUGUUUGGGCUGCCAAGUUGUACUUGGCCAUUCUGCCUGUCAGCACUAAUCUUCCUCUUGAUAACCACAAACAACGAUGGCAUUUAUAAACUGCCACUGUCAAAGGUCACCUACCCGGAGGCCAAUAGAAUCCAUUUCCUCAACCUGAAGAAGGACAGGAAGCAAAAAUGCAACAUCUGAAGACCACAAACAAAUGGACAAUCGUUCACUUCUAACAUCUUUUUUUGUGUCAGAAAAUAAUCCUUUCUACUCUAGCUAAAUCCUUUGACAUGUCUAGGUACAAGACCAUCCAUUCACGUUGGUAUAGUAUCUCCAAUGAGCCAAGACAACUUGGGAGGCCGAAUACGGGUGUAGUGAGUAGACUAGUGUAGAGUUUACAGGAUAGACAUGAACACAUUGGGAGCGAAUCUACAAAGAGUAUUUCAUCUUCAAAGAUUAUUUAUUUCUAAGAACUACAGGAUAAAAGGGAAUCAUUAACUACACAAUCUCGUUAUUAGAGAUAGAAGCGGAACGAUUUAAGAAGAGUGGAUCUGAUAUGCCUGAGCUUAAGAUGUAGGGUAAUGUUCUCCAUUGAUGACUAUUGUGACAAAUCAUAGGCAGUGGUGAUAGAGCUGAUGUUUCCACUAAAGCCUAGUUGAACCACAUUCUGUUAUCUAUCCAAAGGGAUUGCACAGGAUUAGAAAUACACAGCUGUCCUAGUACUGUAGUUUAGCUCCAUUAUAGUGAACACAACGGAGCUUCUAUACCACACACAUUUUUUGCCUAGAAAAUAAGGUUAACAAAUGACUCCCUUCCUAAUAAACUAUCAGAACCCUGUUAUUUUUUACCAAAGGUUUCCAUUUUCAGAAAAAAACAAUAUGCCCUUUUUAUAUAGGUUAGCCAUUAUAAGGAUCAGACAUUAUAUGCCUAUUGGCUAAUAUCCUGAAAAUGUGAAAAAUAAAAAAUAAAUUUAUUUUUAUUUUUUGUUUUAAACCAGAAUCCUUUUGUUUGUGAAAUCAAUAACCAAACUAAAAAAGGCUUAAGGCUCUUAUGUAAAUAGCGUAUGAAU